AUGAACCUGAGGCUGGUGUGUGUGCGUCGGCCUGUGUGCUGGCCCUUUGGCAGCGUGCUGGACUCCAGACACUGCGUCUUUGCCCUCACUCUGCUCACACUCCUCAUGCAGGUGGUGGUGGAGGCCAACUCGUGGUGGUCUCUGGCCAUGAACCCUCUACUGAUCCCAGAGGCCUACAUCAUCGGUGCCCAGCCUUUGUGCAGCCAGCUGGUGGGCCUGUCCCAGGGCCAGAAGAAGCUGUGCCAGCUCUACCAAGACCACAUGCAGUACAUCGGUGAGGGGGCCAAGACGGGCAUCAGAGAGUGCCAGUACCAGUUCAGACAUCGGCGCUGGAACUGCAGCACAGUGGACAACUCUUCUGUUUUUGGACGGGUCAUGCAAAUAGGCAGCCGAGAGACGGCGUUCACUUACUCCAUCAGCGCAGCGGGGGUGGUGAACGCGGUGAGCCGGGCCUGCAGAGAAGGGGAGCUCUCCAGCUGCGGGUGCAGUCGUGCGGCUCGCCCCAAAGAUCUGCCCCGGGACUGGCUGUGGGGCGGCUGUGGAGACAACCUCAACUACGGCUACAGGUUCUCCAAGGAGUUUGUGGACGCACGCGAGAGGGAGAAGAGCUACCCCAAGGGCUCCUACGAGAGCGCCCGGCUGCUGAUGAAUCUCCACAAUAACGAGGCUGGACGGAGGACGGUGUCGGACCUUGCCCACGUGUCGUGCAAGUGCCACGGGGUGUCGGGCUCCUGCAGCCUGAAGACCUGCUGGCUGCAGCUGGCCGACUUCCGCAAGGUGGGUGACGCGCUGAAGGAGAAGUACGACAGUGCUGCCGCCAUGAAGCUCAACACGCGUGGGAAGAUGGUGCAGCUGCACAACAAGUUCAACGCUCCGACGAGCCACGACCUGGUGUACACCGAGCCCAGUCCAGACUACUGCCUGAAGAACCAGAGCACGGGCUCCCUGGGCACGGUGGGGCGCCUUUGCAACAAGACGUCGGAGGGCAUGGAUGGCUGCGAGCUGAUGUGCUGCGGCCGCGGCUACGACCAGUACAAGGCGCAGAUAGUGGAGCGCUGCCACUGCAAGUUCCACUGGUGCUGCUACGUCAAGUGCAAGCGCUGCACCAAAAUCGUAGACCAGUUUGUCUGCAAGUGA